UGCGAUGGCCGCACGCCAUUGGCUGAUAGUUUCCCUCUCGAUCUUCGUUGCGUUCAACAGCCAGGUGGUUUUAAAACGGCUAACGUGAAUAAUUCUUUCAACUAAUUUUGACGAUUUUCUCCAUUGUAGUGAGUCCAACAACCCGUUUUCUCGUAUUUAUCUCAUACUUUGCGCUUAAUUGAUUUGUGAAACGCAGUUUUUAUCGAGAAUCACCUCAUUUUUCACUCAAAAAAAGGAGUUUCUUCGCCAUGGCUGCGAGUGUCAGCACAAUGUCCAGGAUGGAGCCGCCUCAACAAACUACUAGUUUGAUGCAAGAAAAGGAGCUGAUGGAGCGGAGGAUGCUGGAUGAGAUCAAAAGGCGCCGUGACGCUGGCCAGGACUCUUGGGCUCUGGAGGACUUUGAAAUAGGCCGUCCCCUGGGCCGAGGGAAGUUCGGCAGGGUGUAUCUCGCCCGUGAGAAGAGCACCAAGUACCCUGUGGCCCUGAAGAUGAUCUUCAAAAAUGAACUGGUGAAGCACAAAAUGGAGCAGCAGCUGAUCAGAGAGAUCGAAAUCCAGUCCCACUUGAAGCAUGAGAACGUCCUGCAGAUGCUGACAUACUUCGUGGACGAAAAGAGGGUCUUCUUGGUUCUGGAGUACGCCUCCAAGGGCGAGCUGUUCCGCGAGCUGAACGCGCAGAAGCACGGCCGCUUCGAGGAGCCAAAGUGCGCCAAGUACAUUUACCAGGUGGCCAGCGCCCUGCAGGCGUGCCACGACUGCCAGGUGAUACACAGGGACAUCAAGCCCGAGAACAUCCUCAUCUCUGCCAGGGGCAACAUCAAGAUUGCAGACUUCGGGUGGUCGGUGCACGACUCGUCCCUGACCAAAAAGAGGAAGACCAUGUGUGGAACCCUGGACUACCUGGCGCCGGAGAUGGUGAAGAACGUGGAGCACACGCACCUGGUGGACAACUGGUGCGUCGGCAUCCUCUGCUACGAGCUGCUGGUGGGCAAGCCGCCCUUCGAGAGCAAGUCCAGCACCGAGACCUACCAACGCAUACUCAGAGCCCACAUCGACUUCCCGCCCUACGUCGGCACCCUCGCCAGAGACCUCAUUACCAAGUUGCUCCAGGUGAAGCCUGAGAACCGCCUGUCCCUGAAGGAGGUGAAGGUGCACCCGUUCAUCGUCAAGCACUGGCCUCUGAAGAGCGUUGAUGAUGCCCCAAAGCCCGCAAAGUGAAUUUGAAGACUUGUCAAUCUCCUAAUCUUUAUUUUGAUCUGUACAUAUUGUGGUUUUAAUCAGGGUUGCAUUUGCUUUCCACCCGUUAUUUUUCACCACUCAAUUCCUUUCUGUGAAAAUCUUUAAUUUGUGGUCCGAGUGGCCAAAUUUUCUCCCAAAAUUGUUCGUUAACUGCCUCGAUUUCUCUCUGUAAAUUUUUAAAGUCAAGGUCAUGACUAAAAAACGCGGUUUUUUGCAACCCUGUUUUAAUAUUUUAGUUUGUGUAGAUAAAUUAAUGGCUGCGAUCUUUCCAUGCUUUAAUAUAAUAAGAAACUAAUUUUGAA